UAUUUUAUGGUGUCAAUUCGAAAUUGAUAAAUAUGUGUUUUGAAAAGAAUAUAUCGUCGCGAAAAUUGUUGUGUUAAACAUAUGGAAGAACCCUGUAAAAUUGUCUUAUUAGCGAUUUUUGUAUAAUGUAGGCCAAUGUAAUUAGAAAUGGAUCGAAAUAAUAUAAUAGAAUGCGGUGGAUUUUAUUUUAUUCAUAAUUUUGACUCUGGAAAUCUGGGACAUGUAGAGCGAGUCCCAACGGAGCUAAUUGCUCCAACAGUCAAUCAGAAAACAAAUAGUUCAGAAACACCUGAUUAUGAAUUUAAUCUGUGGACGAGGCCUGAUUGUGCUGGCACUGAGUUUGAGAAUGGAAACCGCACAUGGUUUUAUUUUGGUAUACAGGCAGCUGAACCAAAUGUACAGGUGAGGUUGAAUGUCAUUAACUUGAACAAACAAGGCAAGAUGUAUAAUCAAGGAAUGGCACCUGUGACUAGGACACUACCAGGGAAGCCACAAUGGGAAAGGAUAAGAGACCGUCCUGUUCAUUCGACGGAUGAUAAUACCUUCACUCUCAGUUUCAAGUACAGAACAAGUGAAAACCCCAAAGCAACAACAUUUUUUGCUUUCACAUAUCCAUUCUCAUUUGCUGAGUUGCAAAUAGCUUUAAAUUCUAUUGAUCUCAAAAUGCUGCCACUGCCCUCGCCACAAUCACCUGAUGACAUAUACUAUUACAGGGAAUGUCUUAUUUAUUCACUUGAAGGGAGAAGAGUGGAUUUGCUAACUAUAACAUCACAUCACGGUAUUACAACAGAAAGAGAGGAUCGACUUAAAAAUCUGUUUCCUGACAAUCAAGAAAGACCAUUUAAGUUUCAGAACAAAAAGGUCAUAUUUAUAUCUGCCCGAGUGCACCCUGGAGAGACACCAUCAAGUUUUGUAUUCAAUGGCUUCUUAAACCUGAUAUUAACAAGGAAUGAUCCCAUUGCGAUUCAACUGAGGAAGAUAUAUGUGUUCAAAAUGAUACCGUUUCUAAAUCCAGAUGGGGUUGCCAGGGGGCAUUAUAGAACUGAUACUAGAGGGGUGAAUCUUAACAGGGUGUAUUUGAACCCUUCUUUAACGUACCAUCCUACCGUUUAUGCAUCGAGAGCUUUAAUAAGAUACUAUCACUUUGGAUAUGAAAAAGAAGAAGAUAUAUUUGAGGAAAGCAAGAGCUUUACUUCAAGGAGUAUAGGAAACAUCAGUGAAAGUGCUGAGUUUAUAGACACCAAAAAGAAAAAGAAUUCUUUCAAAGGAACUGAUUACAAACGUGAGAAGUCAGCCAAAUCUGCGAUGAAGAAUAAGUCGUCUACCACUAUCAAGCCAGUCUCAAAUGAAGCUUCUAAAGACUUUCAGUCCAUUAGUGGUGAAGCUUCAAAUUUGGCUGAUCAGGUAUACGACAUGAAGUUGCAAGAGAUGCCGUCCCAAACUACCGAAACUAUGUCGCCCGAUGUGUCCAACUCUAAUUUGGAAGAUAAAUCAUUACUCAACGACAAAGUACUAAGGUCGUGUUUAGGGUCUACCGUACAUUUGAGUACUAGUGAAGAAUUAAACGUGCAUGGAGGAAAUCCGCUCAAACCACUACGCGAUACCCUGAAGAAUAGCAUCAGCCUGCUCAUGGAGUCCAGUAGUUCGGUUGCUGGGGACAGUGCAAUGGGCAGUAAAGACCGCAUGGCGAAUGUUAAAGUGGGCUGGUGUGAGGAUUGUAGACGUGCGGUCAGUCGUAUGGAAGAUACUAUGCCCGGGAUAGCCAGUAUGGUGCCGGGGUAUAGUGCUGCUAUGAUGAUUCCCGAAACUCCUACAUAUCACUCCAUAGACGAGUAUCGCGAACAUCAAAGAAUCCAAAUUGAUGAACAGCAACGGAAGUUGCAGGACACGGAGUAUGUGAAGGAGGGAGACAAUGUUUACUUUUGUACAAACUGUUUCAAAAGAUACGUGAUAUCUGAGUUCAACGAAGAAGUGAAAGUAUCAGAGACGAUAUCGUCCACGAGUGUGGGUGUGAGCGUGUGUGUGGGUGACGGGGGCGAUGUGUGCGCUACUGCCCCGCGUAGCGUGCUGUCUACUACCGACGUUAUUAUUCAACCCACACCAAUAGUCAAGGAAGAAAAACCAAAGUCGCCUACAAAAGCGAUAAGUAAGAAGAAGCCCCCGCCCGCUAACACUACUAUUGUCACAAAAAGCGCCUACAAAGAACCAGACAGUGGACUGUUUUUAUACAUUGAUUUACAUGGACAUGCUUCCAAGAAAGGUAUUUUCAUGUACGGCAAUCACUUCGAGGACGUCGACAACUCGGUCGAGUGCAUGUUGCUACCGCGCAUUAUGUCGCUCAACAAUUUGCACUUUCAUUUCUCAUCGUGCAACUUUACUGAGCGGAAUAUGUAUCUCAAAGACAGACGUGACGGCAUGUCGCGCGAAGGCUCCGGUCGUGUGGCGGUCCUCAAGGCCACCGGUCUGGUCCGGUCGUACACGCUCGAGUGCAACUACAACACUGGUCGCCUGGUGAACGUGCUGCCCCCCGCAGUGCGCGACGCCCCGCCCCCCGCGAGCCCGCACUCCCCCCUCCCGCCCAAGUACACGCCGCAUAUAUUCGAAGAGAUAAGACUUCGUGCUAAGAAUUGGGAUGCUUUCGAAGAGAUAGACCCAAUGAAGGUGGGUCGUUCGCUAGGAGCAUCUAUAUUGGAUCUAACUGGGCAACAUCCGAACUCUCGUAUCCCGUGCUCAGAGCACCGCAACCUCGCGGCGCUUCGUGAUUGGCUGCGGGCGCACACACGUACUAUGCGGCCACAGUUGACCAUGUCCAGACUUCGACCAAAGACAUCGUCGCCAACGCGGGUGCCGCUAUACGCAAGGUCGAAAGCCAAAGUGACGGAAGAAAGAAAGGAAAACGCCUACGUCGCUGCCAAAACUGACACAGAGCGACGUCGUAGCCCACCCGUACUCGCACAACGCUCCGGCCACGAGAUCAUCAACAUGAACAUGAAAUUCGGCAAGAAGAACGAGCCGGCGAAAACACCAUCGCGGACCCGGUAUCUGGCUGAAAACGAACCGAAACCUAAAUCACUUUCUACUAAGCGGCGGAACGUGCUCGCGAUACGCAAGCCAAACGCGAGCAAAACACAAGUGGGGAAAGCGAAGUUGCGCCGGUCAGCGGACGACGCAGAAAGCACGAGAACGUCAAUAGUGUCCGCUAAACUGAGCAAACGUACCUACGCUAGAUCACUACGUGGUGCUGUCACUCGGUCCGCGAACCGCUGCAGAGCACUAGCCUCCUCCUCAUCAGAAGACAUGCUGGGUGGGACCUGGGAAGACGUGGCCGGUGGAACAGUACUCGGCUCACAAUCCGUUUCACAUACUGAGACGAUGUCUAUGGGCGCGAAACGUCGCUCCUUCCCCAACGCUUCGCCCUCCCACCUCAAGAAGAUUCGCUUAAAAACGGUGUUGUAGCGCAAACUGCGCGCGAGGCCGGCACCCGAACCCGACCCUCGCACCUGACCACAUUGAUCACACCUUUCUACACGACAUUGACGUACUAUAAACAACUAGACAACGCUCAAAAAAUGUCCGAGGGAAAACCCUGCCUACCCGUGUACUUAGGCAGAGUUUUCUGAUGAGCGAUACUCUGUACAUUGCCACGUAAUAAGGUUUUAAAUUCAAUGAAAGUGUCGCCGCUCGGACUUUUUAAUGAGUCUAGUUGUUAAUAGUAUGGCAAUGACUAGUUGCUAGGGUUAGCACACGCUAUAAGUGAACGGUACGUGUGAAAAAUCGCGGAAUUUUCGUAGCGAAUUUUUGAGUUUUUUUUACAUAAUUUUAUAUUAAUAUAUUUUAAACAGGAUUGUAAAAAAAACGUUAAAUGUGCAAUAACUAUAAAAUAAAAAUAGGAAUGUUUCGUAUUGUAACUAAUAAUAGUCUUUGUGCGUUAAAUUCUUAGGUUGGUGAUGAGAAAUGAGUGGAUUUGGUAAUUCAAUUUCAAAAAUGAUCUAAUUGUUUGAAAAAUAAUCUCAUGUCUAUUAUAUUUUUAUCUUUCACUGCCAUAGUAUGAAUGCAAUAAUUUUCUUUUUACGAUACAUAAAAAUAUGUUAAGGGGCGUCCAUAAAUUAAUUGAGGUGUUUAUUUUUUAUUCAUUUCAGUUGACGCCUCCUAACCAGUAUCCACUCAUAGCUAGCUCAACACAUUAUUGUCUUGUAUUAUAUGUUGGUCGAGUUACAUUCAAUGUUAUUGUAAAUGUGAUAUGAUUUGUAAAAUUGAUUGUGUAUUUUUGAAUUAGAAUUUUAAAAUUUUAGUAUUUCUUUACAAGGGCUUAUAAUGUUCGAAUAUGUGUUGUUGUUAACACAAUUAGUGAUUUAGAGCUUUAUUUAAUAUAUUCUUAUUUAGUUUAAAAAGAUAUCUUGGAAAUUAUAACAAUCUUAUUUUCUUUAUACAAUACAUAUUAUAUUCUAUUGACUGAGUUUUUAUCGGCAAAAGUUGCAAUAAGGUUUGAUGCUUGCCAUCGACUAUUUAAAAAUGUCGGACUAGAUUAAUUAAUGUUUGAGAAAAUUUUAAAACGUGAUUUAUUUUAUAUUAUAGAUUAAUUAUAUAUCGACUAACUUUAAAAUUAUAUAAAAAAUAAUAAAAUAAAAACCGAAAUAAUUUUAACUUUCAGAAAUUUAUACACCCAAAAAAAGUUGGUAACGAAAAGAAAAUGCUCAAACAGAUCAUACAACCUGAAUUUGUAUUAUUAUUAAAUAGUAUCCCACCGUUUCGUUUAACAUUUAACUUAAAAUAUUGGAACAUUUUACAUCUAAUAAAAAAAACAUUCGGCAGACAUACAAAAUAGGUACCUACUCUUAUAAUAUUUUAACGUCUAUUGUUCCAUCACAGUAAACUUGUAUAUUUAAACUUAUAAUUAAUAAAAACAGGUUUGAAAUUAUUUAAAUACAUGCCUAUAAAAGCUCCUUUGAAUUUUUACCCCUUCAUGUAAAUCAUUGUUAUUCCUAUGUUAAAAUUUUGUAUUCAAAAUUGUGUGUUAAACACUUGUGUUGGCUUAAUGUUUUAAUAAAGAAUAGUACAUAACUAUUUAUUGUCUGAAAUUAUAUAAAUAAAUGAGUAACAAGCA